AUGGCGAAUUCAGCAUCUGGGAUGAACGUAAGUGACGAAUGCAAGCUCAAGUUUUUGGAGUUGAAAGGAAAGAGGACGUACAGGUUCAUCGUGUUCAAGAUCGACGAGAGCGCUCAGCAAGUUGAGAUAGAAAAGCUCGGGAACCCGGAAGAAACUUACGACGAUUUCACAAACUCUAUCCCGGAGAAUGAAUGCAGAUACGCCGUCUACGACUUUGACUUCACCACCGAGGAUAACUGCCAGAAGAGCAAGAUCUUUUUCAUCGCGUGGGCACCUGAUACAUCAAGAGUGAGGAGUAAGAUGUUGUAUGCGAGCUCGAAAGACAGGUUCAAGAGAGAGCUGGAUGGAAUUCAAGUGGAGUUGCAAGCAACUGAUCCUAGCGAGAUGAGCCUUGACGUCAUCAAAGAACGAGCUCUCUGA